AGCUCAUCACAAGAAGAAAGUUGAAUGGAGCCCGAAAACGGCGAUGGAACUGGAAGCUGAGGCUACCCAAUCAUUAAUAAGGGCGGAAACUGCAAAAAUAGACGCAAAACGACGCGAGAGGAGACAGUCUCGAUUAGCUGCACAACGAGAUGAACCAUUUGGAUCCAGAUGUCCUGCCUCUUUGAGUCAACCUGGGGCUUCUAGUAUAGGCGCGGCGGCAUAUAGCACAGGCUCGGCAUAUGGUGCGGGCUAUGGCGGUGCUCAGGCUACCUCAUCAGGAACACCUAUGAGCGAGAGAACAGUACAAAGAACGCUUACGACAGUUCAAGAAAACGACCUCCCAGGUCAUCAUCCGGCGGUUGUCCUGCGAAGAAAAUAGUGCAGCCAAUAUAUCUGUAUAUUUUUUAAACUUCCUGUAUAUAUUAUACCUGUCUUUAUAUUAAUGAUAUGACUAGUUCAACGAAAGGUCAAUAAAGAAGAAAAUGUAUUUAUUAAAAAAUAGAAGUGAUACUGAAUGAAAUCUGUG